AUGACGACGAGCCGUGAUCGUCGCAUCGCCAAGGAGCUGGCUGAUAUCCAAGCCGACCGGGAUCACUCCGGCGUCUACGCAGCACCCGCCGACGGCGUCACCCUCAAGCACCUCAAGGGCACCAUCCCCGCGCCCCCCGACACGCCCUACGCCGGGGGCACGUACAGCAUCGACAUCCAGAUACCGGACAACUAUCCUUUCAAGUCGCCCCUCAUGCGCUUCGAGACCAAGAUCUGGCAUCCCAACGUCAGCAGCCAGACUGGCGCCAUCUGUCUCGACACCCUCGGCAGCGGCUGGUCUCCCGUCCAGACGAUAAAAACGGCGCUCCUCUCUCUCCGCAUGCUGCUCGAAUCCCCGAACCCAAAGGACCCGCAAGACGCCGAGGUGGCGAGCAUGCUCGUCGAGGAGCCCGAGCGCUUCGCCCGCAAGGCGCAGGAGUGGGCCAUCCGGCACGCCGGUGCGAGGAAUCCAUCCUUCGACCUGAACGGCUGGAUGAAGAAGAACGGUGGCCAGUCGGCGACGGCCAAGUCGGAUGAUUUUAAUAGAUACAAGGGCUACAACAAGGAUCUCAUCGACCGCUUCGUCACCAUGGGCUUCGACCUCGACGCCGUCGUCGAGGCCUUCAUAUACGUGGGCAUAGAUCGCAACCACGGGCGAGACUACGAGCUGGAGGAGGCGUACAUGGGCGACAUCACCGCCCGUCUCCUUGGGGAACAAUGA